AUGGCCAGUGCAGGAGGCCGCUGGCGGCCAGAUGCCCGAGGGGUCGCGCACGCCGGCCUGCCUAGACUAGAGACGACGAUGCCGCUUCGCCGCGGCUCCUGGUGCUCGCUGCGUGGGUUCUCAGCGCCGUCUCCAGGGCUCUGGAAUCUCCUCGCUGCUGAAGGAGAGUUUGGGGAGCAGGUGCCGCCAGAAGCAUCUCCCCGGGGCCCCGAGCCGCCCGCUUGGGCGUCGCCAUGGCAGCAACACACAUCCAAACCGGUUCUCCCCGUUGCCACAGAAAGGGCUGCUCCACGGACCCGUGGCAGCUGGAGGGAGGAUUUCACGGUGGGUCACACGCCAUCGGCCUCUGCCCCACCCUGCGCAACGCUGCUUGGUGACGCGAUGGGGCACCGAGUUCCUGCAACUGCAGGCGUGGGUGGGAGCGGCGGACGGCUGUUGAUCUGCAGACUCGCGAACGAAGCUGUCUUUGUCACGUUGAAGCCGAGAGGCCUGAUCCAGAAGAGAAGGAAUUGGAUGCUGGCCCAUUCAGACAAAGCCGGCUUAGAGGGGAAGAGCUCGGCGAGGAAGUUAACUGAGGAGUGGAAACAGCAAGACCAGACGCACGGACUUCCUGCCCUUAAAUCGGGGGAGGAAGAAGCUGUUUUCCUGCUCCUGCCUGGCUACCGAGCCUUCACGCCGCAGCCACUGAAGCGCGUUUGCGUUAACGCCCGUGCUCCGCAACGAGAGAAGCCCCCGCAACCGAAACCUGCGCGCCGCAACGAGGUGUCCCCCGCUCGCCGCACCUAG